AUGCAGAAAAAGAAAAGGCGACUUCUCAAGGUCGUGGGUCAUCAUGACGUCGGGACCGUGGAGGAGCACUGGGAGCUCGUCGAAGAUCCCUAUCUCAACAAGUACGCCCGGCCAGAGGAUACCAAACUUGUGAUAUCCGAGAGACCGGAGGACCAGAAAUAUCCAUCACCUCACGAAACCCUCUGCGGCAAUGAAAGCGUCAAACAAAUAGUGACGAAGCUGUCGUCCAUGGUCAGGUCCAGGCUGAGGUUUCGUUCGGAUGUCAGGUCGGACUCGAUAUACGAAUUGUACACGGCACUGCCAGAGCCUCGCAUGGUACACAUAUCAGCAAAUCUGCGCCAUCGUCUGCUCAAGUUGUUUGGCAUGCCGCGGAAGAAGGAAUCUCAGUCAAUGCUCCGAUACUUUGCACUCGUUGGCGAAGUCAAGGACUGCGGCAUAGCCCUUCAACGCACCGAAUGGAACUACGCCCUGGCCCUGGCUACCAGAUACGUUGGUAGGACCACCGAAACAGAGGUUGAGUAUGCUCUCUUGCUGUGGAGGGAGAUGGAGAAGCAAGCAGGCGUCAAGGGCAACAACAUCACGUUCAACAUAUUGUUUGACGCUGCGUCAAAAGCUGGAAAUUUCCAACUAGGCGAAAUGCUGUGGAAGGAGAUGAAGGCACGGAAGAUCCGGUUCAACCGAUAUCACCGAGUCAGUCUGAUUUUCUUUUUCGGACUUCAGGAGAAUGCCGACGGCGUCCGGGCUGCCUACAAGGAGAUGGUGGAAGCUGGAGAGAUGGUCGACACUGUGGCUCUCAACUGCGUCAUCGUCAGCUUUCUGAGAUGCGGCGAACAAGAGGCGGCGUUGAAAGUCUACAACUACAUGAAGGGAACCGGGUCAAAGGCUGCCGUCAAUUUCCCUCGAAAAGACUACUUCAAGGACCAGGUAGUUACCAAGAUCCUUUUCAUGUUCGCAUCAGUCGGCAGGAUGGUACCGGAGCUUCGGCCUCAGUUACAGGAACUCGCAGGCACCGCCCCUGACAUGCGAACAUAUCGCAUUCUCAUCAAGCACUUUGGCGUCGAGAGAGGCGACCUCGGCAGGGUUGCCCAGUUUCUCGACGAGAUGUGGCAGUUCGAGGUGCCUGUUGACGGGUCCGUCUUUUUGGCCAUAUUCGUAGCCUUCGAAAAGCACGGUGGCAAGGCCUUUUCCGCGUGGACACCAGCCCGGUUGGAGAAGGUCUUAUCCGCGUUGCUGAGAGCGAUCGACUACAAAACCGAGGGUCUUUACCUCGACACCUGGCUCAUGGGGUGGGCGCUUCGGGCCUUUAUGAAAUGCGCCAACGAAGUCAGAGCUGGGGAAGUGUACGAGGAGUUUCAAAAGAGGUGGGAUUUGCCGCCGGACAGAGCGCGGUACAUGGAGGGUUAUGUCGCCAGGAUCUUGCAUCGCAAGAGUUAA